AACUAAAAUGAUAAGCGACGGUUUGACAACGGGAAAAUACAGAUGUAUACGAUAACAUGUGGAUCUGAGUAAUAUGGGAACUUUAAAUAUUUUAAAAUAAUAUAAUGAAAAUGGAAACUAGGAAUGUCACUCAUCGCCUUCUUCAGAGAGAAGAAAAUGAUAAGUGUCAGCGUCGCUUCCAACGAAAGCUCCAUGUCACUCCAAAUUUAAUUUCUCGUCUUGGUUUAGAAGCAGAAUUGGAGGGUCAUGCUGGCUGUGUUAAUUGCUUAGAAUGGAAUGAAAAAGGAGAUCUGUUAGCAAGUGGUUCAGAUGAUGUUCACAUUAUAUUAUGGGACCCUUUUAGACAUAAAAAGUUACAUUCUAUUCAGAGUGGUCAUCAUGGAAAUAUAUUUUCUGUUAAAUUCCUUCCAAACUCUAAUGAUAAUAUGAUAGUAAGUGGAGCAGCAGAUUAUAAAAUAAGAGUGCAUGAUGCAAAUGCUAAAGAAACUACAAUGGCUUGUAGUUGUCAUGCUGGACGUGUUAAAAGGAUAGCUGUAGCUCCUAAUGUACCAUUUAUGUUUUGGAGUGCUGCUGAAGAUGGAAUUGUAAUGCAAUUUGACUUAAGGGCACCUCAUCAGUGUUCUAAUGUGUGUAACAAUGUAUUGAUUAAUCUGAUAAACCAUUUAGGUAAAAGUGCCGAAGCUAAGUGUCUAGCAAUAAAUCCAUUUAGACCAGAACUCCUUGCAGUGGGAGCAAAUGAUCCUUAUGUAAGGUUAUAUGACAGACGUAUGAUAUCAACAACAACUAUAAAAUAUUCCAAUGAACAUAUACCAAGAUCAUUAUGGGAACGUCACUCUUAUUUACCUAUGUCAGAUUCUGAAGAAGACAAUCUUCCAGUAGGCUGUGUCACUUAUUUUGUAGCAGGCCACUUGCCUUUAAAACAGCCAGAUUACAGGAAACGAUAUAGAACUUUAGCAUCAACGUAUCUCACGUUUAGUCCCAAUGGAAGUGAAUUAUUAGCCAAUUUAGGAGGAGAACAAAUCUAUCUUUUCAGCAUUGUAAAGCCUUCCUUACCCAAAAUUUAUGAUUUACAGGGUGUUCCUCUAUCAGCAAAUGGAUUGUGUAAAGAUACCUGUAAUCCAACAAAUGGAUAUAGUACUCAUAAAAAUGGUACAACUAAUGGUAUGAUGACAAAUGGUGUAACAGCGACAACUGCCAGGAUAUUACCUACAGAGAUAUUUAAUUCCAAUUCGUGGAAUGUUGGGAAAAGUAAACGAGGAUUUGCCUGCAAAUCAUUACCACCCACAGUAGAAUUAAUAAAAGCAAGAGCUAAUGAAAAGUUUGAAAAACAGCAGUUUACAGUAGCAAUUGAUCUUUACAAUCAGGCAAUUGUUUUAUGUCCAUCUGCUGCAGCUCUGUAUGGAAAUCGUGCAGCUGCAUUCAUGAAGAGAGGAUGGGAUGGGGAUCUCUAUGCAGCAUUAAGAGAUUGUCAUGUGGCAUUACGAAUAGAUGGUGAUUAUUUUAAAGCACAUUUUCGAUUAGCAAGAUGUUUAUAUGAGUUACAUUGGACAAAAGAAGCAUUAGAUUGUUUGCAGACAUUCAAAGCAAAAUUUCCAGAUCAUGCUCAAACCCAUGCUUGUGAAGCAUUGGAUAGAGAUAUUAAAGCUGCCAUUUAUUCCACAGAAACUGACGAAACUAAUAGUACAAGAUCAUCUGAUUCUCAGGGGUCGGGUAGCAAUUGUAGCAAUAACAAUUCUAAUACACGUCAUAGAAAACCUUCAGUUUCAGAACAGGAAAAGAUUUGGAGGUCACUAGCUUAUGAUUAUGAAACACGCUUUUGUGGUCAUUGUAAUACCACAACUGAUAUCAAGGAAGCCAAUUUCUUUGGAAGUUGUGGGCAAUAUAUUGUUGCUGGUUCGGAUGAUGGUUCUUUCUUUAUGUGGGACAGAGAAACCACAAAUAUUGUGAGGGUGCUGAGAGGAGAUGACUCUAUUGUUAAUUGCCUACAACCUCAUCCAAGUAGUUGUUUACUAGCAACUAGUGGUAUUGAUCCUGUAGUCAGGUUAUGGAGUCCAAAACCAGAAGAUGGUAGCAAGGAAGAUAGAGAAGUAAUAGAUUCUGAGGAUGCAGCAGUGGCAAAUCAGCGGAGGAUGAAUGCUGAUCCAUUGGAAGUAAUGUUAAUGAACAUGGGUUAUCGUAUACCGGGUGUUAUAGAUGCAGACGACGUGGAAGGAGAAGGAAGAGAAACCAGUAUAAGUCAGUGCCGAACAAGUUAGAACGGACUUUUCGAUUAAAACUAAACAUGUACAUAUAUAUAGAUACUGCCAUGGUGAAUGUUAUAACAUUAAGCCAUUGGAUUUGGAACAUCUGUGCUACUUGGACAAUUCCUUAAUUUUAAUUUAUAAUUUUAAAGGAAACAGUUACAUAAGAAAAUUAUUCCUGUAUUGUCAAUUGUGACGAUAAAAUAUAUUUUUAAGAGUAUUUAUAUUUUAAUUUCUGAAUUUCCAUUUGUCUUCUGUGAUACCAUAAUAAAAAAAUAAUAAAACACUAAUGUACAUUUUUUUCAAAUUGUAAAAUUUUUUCAUUAAAAUGUUUUGUCAUCGGCUUACACUAGGCCAAAAAUCGUAAAAAUUGUACAGAGCAUUAGAUGCAUAGAUCUAAGUCACGCACCAACGUACAAAUCCCGUCUGCAUUAAAGUUUUUGUACAUUUUAUUUUUUAAAUGUUAGCAAUUCGAUUGCCUUGCAAAUCUGUCUCAGAGCACCAACUUUAUGAAUGUGGAUUUUAACAGCUUGAGUAAAAAAGAUACUAGUUAUUCAAAGUAGCACAGCUGUUUCAAAAAAGCAGCAGUAAAAAAAUAACAUUGAAGGGCUGUUAACCACAUUCAUAUGAUAAUAUAAAUCAUGUAUGUACAAUGGUAGAUCAUGUUAAAUUUUAGAGGAAUGUUUCCCCCUUGUGAUUAACGUGGAUGACGACGACUUCACGCAGAUAAGGAAGUAAUGUUUCUGGUAAUAUUGGGCUUACUUACAAAGAAAUGUUUUAUGAAAUUUGAUUGAUGGCUGUGUAUAAAAUUUGCAUGAAUGUGUGAAUAAAAAA